GAGUUAAAUAAACGUGUAAAAAAAAAGUAUAGCGAAACAAAACACUAUUUCCUUGUUCAGAGUUUGAAGCGUAUGAUUGACGUCAUCGCCUCCAAUAUGCUGUUGUAGCCUACUGUCCACCGUGAAACUGCUCAUAGAGAACAAGAUAUUUCACAUGGAUAGCAACACGAACAUAUAAAAUUAGUGGCCGAAACUGUUGGACUAUAAAUUACUGGUGUGACAUAUGAGCACUGCCCGAAGGGGGAGAGAUGAACAUAGAAGUCAGUCCCAUCACAAAGCUGUGCCCAGUCGCAGAGGUCUUCCCAUGGAAUGAGUUCUCCUACACAGCCCGUCUGAGCCCCACAGAGCCCCACGACACAGACGGAUGGCUCUCCGCUCUGCCUGCCUUCCACAAUGAUCAUCCACCCUAUCACAUCUGUGAGAGAAUGCACCCGAGUGGCACCCAAUGCUCUGCCCCAGAGGAGAGCGGCAAGACCGCCACAGACCCUGGAGAGGCUCAGCUGGACUUCUACCGUAAACUGGGCUACUCCCCAGCGCAGGUCCAGACCGUGCUGCAGAAGUUUGGCCUGAACACAGACACUAACAGGAUUCUGGGGGAGCUGGUGCAGACUGGAGCCAGCCCAGAAGGGAUGGAGAAGGAGGGAGCCCCAACUACCAUGUCUGUCCUGAUUGCCAGAGGGGAGACCCUUAGUAGCCUGCCCCUCACCCCUCCACCAAUUUGGGAAGAUGCAGCCAGUGAGGAUGGAGAUGACCUGAAACCCAUAGUGAUCGAUGGGAGUAAUAUGGCUAUGAGCCACGGGAACAAGGAAGUGUUUUCCUGCCUGGGAAUCCAGCUGGCUGUGAACUUCUUCCUGGACAGAGGUCAUACUGAUAUCACUGUGUUUGUUCCCUCAUGGAGGAAGGAGCAGCCCAGACCAGAUGUCCCCAUCACAGAUCAACACAUUUUGCGUGAGCUGGAGAGAAAGAAAAUCAUGGUGUUCACCCCUUCGCGGCGUGUAGCGGGCAAACGUGUGGUCUGCUACGACGAUCGCUUCAUCGUCAAGCUGGCGUACGAGUCAGACGGUGUCAUCGUAUCCAACGACACGUACCGUGACCUUCAGGGCGAGAGACAGGAGUGGAAGCGCUUCAUCGAGGAGAGGCUGCUCAUGUACUCGUUCGUCAAUGACAAGUUCAUGCCCCCUGAUGACCCCCUGGGUCGCCAUGGUCCCACCCUGGAGAACUUUCUACGGAAGGUUCCUCGGUUACCACGCAAACAGCCAUGUCCUUACGGAAGGAAAUGCACUUACGGAAUAAAGUGUAAAUUCUACCACCCGGAGCGAGUCAACCAAUCCAAUCGCUCUUUGGCUGACGAGCUGCGGGAGAAGGCCAAGCUGCCCUUGUCACAACAGAAACACCCCACCACAGGUCCUGGACAUGCCUAUGGCCUUUCCCUGGAGGAGGAGAUGGCUCAGAAACUGACCCUAGAACAGUGGAAUGGCUCAUUGAAGAAAGGCCUCACCAGUGAGAAUGUUCUUCUUCUCAAGGGAGGCCAUCGCUCCAGCUGGAGGUCCUCAGCUAAGAAGGCCAGCACCAACCGACAUUCCCCGACCGACCUGGACUCGGCCCUGGCCAGUGGCUCUCAAGAGAGGCUAGAUUCUGGGCUGGGCUCCUUCGAAAGCCGGGCAUCUGACCCCUCUAGAAACCACUGUGAUCACUAUGGCAACGCUGGGUACAGGAACUGCCAGUCAAAGUCCUCCCCCAGUAUGAAACAGCAAUGCUAUUCUCUCCCUAGCAACCUGCCCUGUAGCUGCUGCUCCCAUGUUCCUCAGCCUUCACUGGGCCCCAGUGCAGGAUACCAACAACACCACAGCCCACACCAUAGCAUGGGCCCAGCCAGCACCCACAACCCAGACAUGAUGACCUACUACCCCCCUUGUUACCCCAACUAUGGAACACCAAUGUAUCCAGUUAGUAUGCAUCAGUACAGCCACCCCAGUGACUUCCAACAGCAGGGCAGGGUCCACCGUUCACAGCAGACCUUCUGGUCGGACACGUUCGGGACUUAUCCUCAGACUCUCCAUAGCAUUGCUCAGGUGGAGCAGCAGAGACACUGGUCCCCUGCCCGGACACACCCGAGCCCCCAUGGGGAGGGCAGGGAGAGGGAGGACUGCAGGGAGAGGGAGGAUGUCAGGAAGAAGCUGCUGGCCAUCUUUAACGGCCGUCUGGUGGACAGGGCCAUGGACAUGUUCCCCCAUCUCAUGGACCCACAGAGACUGGCUGCUGAGAUCCUCACCCUGAGAUCCUCUCAGGGCCUGUGAUUGGCUCGUUGCUCUGAGAUGGAGGGAUUUGUAGGUUUUUUUCAGUUGAAAGAGUCUCUCUUGAAAAACUGUCCAAGCUACUGUAAAGAUCUGUGUUUCCACUUUAGGGAAACAUUGAUCUUCCUACUGUAUUUGCUUUGCCAAAUAUGUUUUUGCCAAGUGUUUCAGGAACUAGGUCGCUUAAAUUGCCUCUAACAUAAAACCGGAGGCAAAUGAUUGUUGAUGCAAGUUGUAUCUAUUUAAUACAUCUUUCUAGACCCUCGAAUGUAUUCGAUGGGUAAAAGUAAUGUAUUUGAGGAGCAAUAUUCUUACAGAAUGCAUGUUCAUAGGCCUUAGGGCACUAAUAUAGACACAUGUAUCAAGAUGAAUUAUGGCAUAAAGAGUAUUAUCGGCACAGUGUGCCAUAAUGGGGGUCACAGCUAACUGUCUAGUACGGUCUAGUACGGUAGUGAAGUAGAUGCUCUAUGGGUCAAGUUCAUUGAAGAACAUUAAUGUCCAGAGAAGAAGUAUAAUUGCAAUCUUAAUUUAAAAAAUACCUCUAAUACAAAAACAUACAAAUAGAUCUAAAGUCAAUAGAAAUAGACCAGUAUAAUAUUUUUUGCCAAUAUCACUAUCUACUUUGUAUUCAUACUGUGUGCAGCAAUGUGAGAGCAGAUGGCUUGUGUAUUAUUGUUAUAAUUUCAGAUAGUUCAGUGCCCUGCUACAAUGCAUUCGGAAAGUAUUCAGACCCCUUCCCCUUUUCCACAUUUUGUUACGUUUCAGCCUUAUUCUAAAAUUUAUUAAAUAAAAUAUUUUCCUCAUAAAUCUACACACAAUACCCCAUAAUGACAGAUCGACAACAGGUUUUUAGAAAAUUGUGCAAAUUUAAUAUUUCAGAAAUACCUUAUUUACAUCAGUAUUCAGACCCUUUGCUAUGAGACUCGCAUUUGAGCUCAGGUGCAUCCUGUUUCCAUUGAUUAUCCUUGAUAUUUCUACAACUUGAUUGGAGUCCACCUGUGGUAAAUUCAAUUAAUUGGACAUGAUUUGGAAAGGCAUACACCUGUCUAUAUAAGGUCCCACAGUUGACAGUGCAUGUCAGAGCAAAAACCAAGCCAUGAGGUCAAAGGAAUUGUCCGUAGAGCUCCGAGGCAGGAUUGUGUCGAGGCACAGAUCUGGGGAAGGGUACCAAAAAAUGUCUUCAGCAUUAAAGGUCCCCAAGAACACAGUGGCCUCCAUCAUUCUUCAAUGGAAGUAGUUUGGAACCACCAAGACUUCCUAGAGCUGGUCGCCCCUGUCAAACUGAAAAAUCGGGGGAGAAGGGCCUUGGUCAGGGAGGUGACCAAGAACCUGAUGGUCACUCUAACAUAGUUCUUCUGUGGAGAUAGAACAACCAUCUCUGUAGCACUCCACCAAUCAAGCCUUUAUGUUAGAGUGGCCAGAUGCAAAUCACUCCUCAGUAAAAGGCACAUGACAGCCCUCUUGGAGUUUGCCAAAAGGCAUCUAAAGACUCUCAGACCAUGAGAAACAAGAUUCUCUGGUCUGAUGAAACCAAGAUUGAAGUCUUUUUGCCUGAAUACCAAGCUUCACGUCUGGAGGAAACCUGGCACCAUCCCUAUGAAGCGUGGUGGGAGACUAGUCAGGAUCCAGGGGAAAAUGAACAAAGCAAAGUAUAGAGUGAUCCUUGAUGAAAACCUACUCCAUAGUGCUCAGGACCUCAGACUGAGGUUCAGGUUCACCUUCCAACAGGACAACGACCCUAAACACAAAGCCACGCUGGAGUGGCUUCGGGACAAGUCUCAAUGUCCUUAAGAGGCCCAGCCAGAGCCUGGACUUGAACCAGAUCGAACAUCUCUGGAGAGACCUGAAAAUAGCUGUGCAGCGAUGCUCUGCAUCCAACCUAACAGCGCUUGAAAGAAUUUGCAGAGAAGAUUGGGAGAAACUCCCCAAAUACAGUUGUGCCAAGCUUGUAGCGUCAUACCAAAGAAGACUCGAGGCCGUAACCACUGCCAAAGGUGCUUCAACAAAGUACUGAGUAAAGCUUCUGAAUACUUAUGUAACAUUUGUAUUUUUAAUACAUUAGCAAAAAUUCUGAAACACUAUUUUUGCUUUGGCAUU